AGGCGGUAUGGUGUUUGUGCUUGUUUUGUUACACUAGCAAACCUGCCUAGGGGCGCGGACCGGGUGGAGAGAAUGAAACUAGUUUUUGCCACCCCUCUUAUCAGCAGCGGGAUUCAAAAUGUUCACCCUAAGUCAACGGUAAAACAAUCGGACGUCGUGAGAACGUCCCACUCCGCGCAGCUAUAAUGGUGAACUUUUCACUUCAGUUAACGAGAUGUGGAAAUAUGUUUCCAAACACCAAAGGCACAUUCAUGCGGUUUCACAUUUGGAGAGUUCUGAGGCAGGAGCGGGAGAAAAAAAGACAAAAUACAGACAAUUAGUGGGUGGCAUUUCUUCUUUCGAGCUCACUUCGCCCAGCUGUUUUUCUCCACCGCAUUUGACUGAAGGCAUUGUUUCCUGGUGGCUUUGCAAUCGUUUCAAGACGUCCUUCCAAACGUGACACGCCGAUGCUGCCGAUGAUUUGAGAUGGGACAUAAAUGGCAAACAGGCACGCUGUAAAUAAACACUUCGGUGAGUGGUCGCGCUGUUAUGCGGUGCCAGCAAAAGCAGUAAGUCAUGACAGCGGUAAUCAGUAGGUGGGAGAUCUAACAAACCAGCACCCUCCGGUUGGAUUUCAUAAGCGCUCUGAUGAUUAAAGGCUGGUUGUGACAAUUGAUUUGGUCUACUUUUCAAAAAAACAAAAAUUAAUAAAAUCUCCUUAACGUGAGGUCUGUCUCAUAUUGUUAGGGGACGAUUAAUCGAAUAACCUUUCAGAAUCACUCCUUGAAAAUCCUAACAACUGAAGGACUGUUUAGUCAUUUUAACCUAUUAUUUUUGGUUGAAAACUUCACCCAGUGUUCUCCACAUGAACCGUAUGAAUUUAUGAUAUCUAGUGAAGAUGCAGCUGACGAGUUGCAGAAGAAUCGAGAAAUACCUUUUGAACCAAAGCAGGAAGAAACAAGCUUAGACGAUAGUAAAAUGGGUAAUUUUGAUAUUUACUUUAAUUGUGCUAUAAAACUUCAUGCACCUACUUAUUUAUUACUCGAUUUUAUGUGUGGUUUAUUUAAUGGUUGUCGUCGUUUUUUUUGCAUGAAUAUCAAACAUCAUAGUCAAAGUUUCCAGAAGGAGGCCGAGGCCACUUUCACCAGGAUGUUUGGAGUUCUACAUCAAUAAGAAAUUUCACAAUUCACUUCACUUAUCAAAUAAUAACCUUUCAUGAAGCGUAAUUACGACCUCAGACUUUGCGACGAAAUUGAUUUAGUGUAAAAAAAAAAAAAAAAAGAAAGAAAGAACAAAAGUCCAUAUAGGUUCAUUAUAGCCGUGUUGCUGUGUGGCCCCGCAGCGUCGGGAGCAAUCUGUAGUGUCGAAAUGUCUCCCAGAGGGAAGUUUGCAUAUCUGAGGUCUGAUCUGUGCAGCUAAUGGGCCCAAACGUAAACACACCAAGUCCUUACAAGCAAUUAUUGCUUUCAUAAAAUCACCCCUCGUUCCCCCUGCAGCAUUUAAUUGCGGUCAAACAAAUGACUAGCAGGGUUCAGAAUGCGGCACUCGGGGCUCCUGGCAUGUGUGUGUUUUUAUGUUGUUAAGAGGAGUUUUUAGAGGACUGUGAGUCAUCGUGCGGUGCCGUAAAAGAAACGUUCCGGAUUUUUGUUUCUUCUUCUUCUUUUUUAACGUCAGGGGCCAUGACAAGAUGUAAGGAUGUUCCUCUCAGAUAUCCGCAAACCGUCCGCGGGAUCUCCGGAUGAUGUCAUCGUCGAUGGGGAUCGUGACCUCCUGGACCGGACGCACGCGCAGGCGUUUCGGUUCGAUAUUUCCCGUAUUCCAGAGGGCGAGGCCAUCACUGCCGCAGAGUUCAGGAUCUACAAGGAUUUCAUCCGGGAGCGUGACGGGAACGAAACCUUCCGAGUCAGUGUCUACCAAGUCGUCCAGGAGCCUCCAGACAGACAACCCCAAACAGACCCGAAGGCAGCAGGACAAGCCAUCCUGACGUCUGCAAGCAGCUCAAUUGUCUUUGAAAUUCCUUACAAAGAUGAGAGCGAUGUGGCACUGCUACUUCUGGAUCAGCGAGACGUUUGGGCUUCAGAUGACGGAUGGCUUGUGUUUGAUCUGACCGCUACCAGCACCCUGUGGCAGCUCAGCCCUGAGCAGAACCUGGGACUGCACCUGGUUCUCGAGGACAACAACAGCCAGAAGAGGAAUCCCAGAAGAGCUGGGCUGCUGACUGGGAGUGAGCCUAAAGACAAGCAGCCCUUUCUCGUUGUGUUUUUUAAAGUCAACGAGGUGCGGUUCCGUGGCGCUCGCUCAGCCCCCGGCCAAAAAGGACGGCAGUCAAACCGCUCCAAACAACAGAAGGCGGUCCAAGAAGCACUGAGGGCAGCAGAGGCCGGAACUGAUGCCUUCGGAUUAUCAAAAGAGGGCUGUAAGAAACACGAGCUCUAUGUCAGUUUCAGAGACUUAGGGUGGCAGGACUGGAUAAUAGCGCCGGAGGGCUACGCUGCGUAUUACUGUGAGGGCGAGUGUGCUUUCCCUCUCAACUCCGACAUGAAUGCCACCAAUCACGCCAUCGUGCAAACUCUGGUGCACUUCAUCAACCCGGAGACAGUCCCCCAGCCCUGCUGCGCCCCAACGCAGCUCAAUGGCAUCUCGGUGCUGUACUUUGACGACAGCUCCAAUGUCAUCCUCAAGAAGUACCGCAACAUGGUGGUCAGAGCCUGUGGCUGUCAUUAAAGUUUUUUUUAAUGCCUUUUGCCCGACUUCUGCAAGUGUAAAAGAAUGUCAUGAGGCAGAAAGAGGAGUGGAGUGGCUGGACGCAAGAGAAGAUGGACUCUCUGGUCUGCAAACGCUUGAGCCAAAGUGGUGAAUCACUAUGACAAGGAGCAGCUACAGCAGACUGUCUAAAAGGAGAAAAUUUCAGACUUUUGAAGACUUUUCGAGCACAAACCAAACUUAGAGGAAGUUAACAGUUUGCAGAGAUUGGAUCUGAAGCAUCACAUACUGAAUUUGCAGUCUUCUGGAUGAAUCUGGGUUUCCUGGGUCAGGUGUGCGACGUUUGACAGCUGCCCACACUGCACAGCCAAAAAAUUUGUCACGCCGGAUCGCCUUUAGCUUUACGGCACUCGUCGUCUGAAAACUUCUGCAGUUUGUCCAGAUUUGCCUAACUUUUGUACCUCCAUAUUUUAGAGAUGAUGGGAGAGUCACACUGCUCUGCACAUCCCAAACAUUCUCUGUUGAGUUAAGGUUUGACCGCACGCAACUACUCUUGCACAAUUUGAACCCAAUGGAUCCUUGGAUGAUUGCUUUUUUAAAAAAAAAAAUUUUUUUUAAGGGGACACAGCUGUUUAAUUCUAAUCCCUUGAUUUUCCUUCGCGUUGUGCGUGUGGAAAUGUUUUUUUACUUUUACAACUGAACAUAGCCUUGAGUUGUUUCAUUUUUUAACAAUUUAAUUUCAUGAAAAGCUUAAAGCCACAGGAUGUAACUUUUACAAAAGUAAUUUUUUUCCGUAUUUGUUAUGAAACGAUCAAACUCCUCCCAGUGCUGCCGUUGCUGUCUGAAGAGAUGCACCGCUCCCAGUCAAAAACAACCAAUCAGAGACAGGAGAAGGGUCUUAGUGCUGUCUAUCAUCCUCGUCUACGUGCUGCUAAAUGUGUUAAUGGCGGAGAAACAAUUUACCGUUCCAGGAAAACCAUUUAUCCACCAUCAUCGAAGCCCAUGUUAGCUAGCCUCAGCAUUCAUGGCAGGCUAUGUGGUCAACCAGUCUAGAGAGAAAGGGGAAGGGUGUGAGUGGCAUUCGUACAUGAGUGAUUGACAGCGCUAAGACCCUCCUUCGGGCUCUGAUUGGCUGUUUGUGUGGUGUAUUUCUGCAGUUAGUACUGGGAACACUGGGAGAAGACAGAGGAGAAAGUUUAUCACAGAUUAUCUGUCACAGGGUGAUAACUUAAACAAAUAUGUAAAAACAUCUUUUUCUAUAUGUACAUACAUAUAAAAGCGACAUACCUUAGCUUUAAGUAAUCUUUUUCUAUGAAAGAAAACAAUCGUGAUCAUUUUUUCCAAAAAUAUUUUUUACAUAAAAAUGAUGGUUCUUCUUAAUAUUGAUCCCAAUUUUAAAAAUGCAUUGGACGGUUGUUGACUCCAUUUCAGUAGUUCCAGCGAUCAUUUGCCUUUGCUUGAUACAGGCCAAUAAUUUGAGCUUCCUGGAGCCCAUCGCCACAUUUUCCAUGAUGCGUUUUCUUACAUGGUUGUUCAAGAAAUGAGAUACUACUCAUCGCACUACUGAGGGUAAAUAACUUGCCACCUGCUUUAAACUUACAAUCCACGCUGUAAUUAUCCGGUGGGAGGCUCUUACCUAUUUUCUUUGUUAAGUCCAGUUGACGACAUGUUUUCCACCUGGCAGUGUAGAUGGACAAGGUUGCAGUGAUUCAUCUUUAUAGUGUCCAUUACCUGUAAACAACAGUUGCCCUGAAGUAUCAAACCAAAGCUGCAGAGGUUUAACUUUGCCUGAUUAAAAAGGUCAACUGGAAA